CGCUAAGAAGGUACAGCAAGAAACAAACCUAGCAUUAAAUAUCCAUUCACUCCCCUAAUCUUAAACUCUUCGCACACGCCGCUUUUGAUGUACGGCAUCAAUACAAACACAAAACAAACUCAACAACAAUAAAUACAAGUCACUCCUCCCUCCCAUUGGCACAAACAAAAUCACACAAAUAAAAACCCCACAUUAUUAUUAUUAUACUGUACUUGAACAACUACUGUACUAGCCCCAAAACUGAAGAAAUCAACCCUAGAAGUGAAUCCGUUCAUUAUUAUGUAAUGCAUCAUAAGAAAUCCGAAGUUCAGAUCGGAAAAGAAAGCAGUGGCGUCUCUUCCGAUUUCAUUUUCAAUCAACCAACUCACCAAACUCAAACCGCCACAACUUACAAGAGACCACUCUUGACCCAAUCCCUCUCCAAAUCCCCAACCCUCUACCAACUAGCAACGUCUUCGGCGGCGGCGGCGGCGUCGUCGUCGUCAUCCAAAAGUGAUAACAAUAACAGAAUUCAGUUAUUGCUUAACAGAAUUCAGUUAGUCGCUAACAGAAUUCAGUUUCAGUUACCUUCGAUUCGCGGCCUGAGGUUCCACGUCACCAUCGUUAUCCUCUCGUUCUUUGUGUUCUAUCUGAUUAUCGUUUUCUUUCCCGACAGCUUCUUGCUCCUUCUUGAGUUCGUCUCCGCCGUCUCUGCCGCCGGGGCCUUGCUCUUUUCCCUUCAAUUAGCCCUCCCACGCCUCCCAUCCUCCAUCCGCCGAUUCAGGCCGCGGCCGCUGCUGCCGGUCUUCUGGGCCGUGGGGAGGAAGAAACAGAAACAGCAGGGCUCCUCCUACGGUGGAUCCACGGGUUUUCGGGAACAGGUGUUCUCGAACGGCGACGUUUACCAGGGGGAGAUAAGGAAGGGGAAGUGUUGGGGGAGUGGGGUUUAUUAUUAUAGUAUGAGUGGGAGGUAUGAAGGGGAUUGGGUGGAUGGGAAGUAUGAGGGUUUUGGGGUGGAGACAUGGGCCAGAGGGAGCAGGUAUAAAGGGCAGUUUAAGAUGGGAUUGAGGCACGGUUUCGGGGUUUAUAGAUUCUACACUGGGGAUGUUUAUGCCGGGGAGUGGUCGAGUGGCCAGAGCCAUGGCUGUGGAGUUCAUACUUGUGAUGAUGGGAGCAAGUAUGUUGGGGAGUUCAAGUGGGGGGUUAAGCAUGGUCUUGGACACUACCAUUUCAGAAAUGGGGAUACAUAUGCUGGUGAAUACUUUGCGGACAAAAUGCAUGGAUUUGGGGUAUAUCGAUUCGCAAACGACCAUCUUUAUGAAGGAACCUGGCAUGAGGGUAGAAGGCAAGGACUCGGAAUGUAUACGUUCAGAAAUGGGGAAAACCAAUCUGGUCAUUGGCAAAAUGGAGUUCUUGAUGUCCCAAGCACACAGAAUGCCAUGUAUCCAGUUUCUCCCGUUGGUGUCAAUCAUUCUAGAAUACUUAAUGCAGUGCAGGAAGCAAGGCGAGCAGCUGAGAAGGCAUACGAUGUGGCCAAGGUAGAUGAAAGGGUGAAUCGAGCAGUAGCGGCCGCGAAUAGAGCAGCCAAUGCAGCUAGGCUAGCCGCGCUCAAGGCUGUGCAGAAACAAAUGCAUCCCAAUGUUAACACAGAGAGCAUUAGAGUCCCCAUUGUGUAAGGCUGCUUUUAUAUUAGCAGAGAAUCAUAAGAUUGCUGUUUAAGCAGCAAGCGGAUUUUAUUACCUUAUCUGCCAUGAGUCUUGUAUAGAAAGGAAGGGUAAUAGCUUCCAUAUGCUAAAACUAUAGAUAUCUCUCUUUUACUUUCUCCACAUUUUGUAAAUGUCUGUAGAUGUAAAUGCUGGUUUGAAGGUGAAACCUUUAUCCAGCUACUGUUGUUGUAAAUCUUUUGGUAAAGGGAAAAGAAAUAUGAACCAUAAAAUGUUUCUUUGUCCCACAACUUUAUAUAAAUUGCUUCAAUGACUCUGGUAUGAAAUGUGAUUUAUUGAAGUCUUCCCAAAUAAAUAUUAGUUGGUUUCAAAUUUGGGUUGGUACAAUGCUGCUAGAAAUUUGGGAGUGGUGUAAAUGGGUCUUGGAUCUUUUUCAGUUUCUUUCAGUCAUUUGUGUU